CCCAGGAUAGCUGCUGGGAACAGUGUACAUCUUAAACCGAUUCAGGGAGGACCGCAAGGAUCAUAGUGUAGUGCUACGAACUACCAGAGCUAGAGAAGGAAUACCACUUAAAUACGGGCAUUGGAAGUCAAGAUGAACAAGUUCAUGGGUGGUGCAGCCAUUUGUGAACCCAACGAUUUCGGGUAAACCCCAGGAUGGGAAACCCUUAGGAUUCCAAUGGAACCACUGAAGCGAUGCGUUCUCCUGGCAAUCGCUCUACUGCUGGUGGCGGUCCUAGCCGAGGAGUCAGGAUGCUGGAGGGGAGGUGCAGAAUGUAAGGUGGUCAGAGAAGACGAACUGUUAGUGGUGGAGUGUGGGGCACUGAACUUGGAUCAAGAUACGAAUGAAACUGUCGAGACUUCUUCCAAGAAUGGAUCUUUCAACUGUACUAUCAAUGAUACUUGGUGUCACAUGUCCAACACGACUGUGAUGAAUUCAGAUCUUCACAAAGUGGAUUCUAGAGUAACCGAAUGGCAAAUCAAACCAAAUCUUGUAGAUUCUUAUCCCAGAAGUACAAAUCGCUUUGAAAAAGAAUUAUUAUCGCGUACUGAAGUAAAUCUCCUGGGUGACGUAUCGGUUAUGGAUUUUUCUUACAUUUCCAGUGUAAAAACUGUUACAUUGAACACCAAUGGUUUUAACAUCCGCAUGGUAUGUGGCGCUACGAAUGUUUCAGUUUUGACUGUUACGUCUUCUUCAAUCAUUCACAAUUUUGUCAAAUGUUUUACUAGUCUAAAAUCUCUAAACCUGUCUCACAACAUGCUCGAAUCUUUUACCGUUAGUGAAUUUCCUCCGACCAUCUAUUCAGUUGACUUGUCUUUCAACAAAAUUACGUUGACGAAAACAGUUACUUUUCCACACACCCUUCGUCUGUUUAACAUUUCUUACAAUAAUAUAACUAACGAUAAGGAAUUCAUUCUAAAAGGAAAUGUGAUAGUUUUAGAUAUUAGGGAAAACAAACUGUCCCAUGUUCCUAUUAUUGAAAUGGAUGCGUUAGAAGAACUUUACCUUUCGCACAAUCAAAUAAAGAAUCUGAAAGAAAAACAUUUCGCUAGCUUAUUAAAUCUAACAAUUUUGGACUUAAGAGCUAACUGCCUGAAUAACUUAGAGGAAAAGGUUUUUCAAGGUCUAAAUCGACUCCAGUGGCUGGAUUUGUCAGAAAACAAUCUAAUGUCAUUGGCACCAGCGACGUUUCAAUAUUUGAGUAAUCUAGUUACUCUGCUUCUCUCCAAAAACGUGAAUCUAGGAAAUCUUCAAAAUAUUGAAGACGCGUCUUUAAUUUUUGGGACUGGGCAACGUCUCCAGGAAAUAGAAGCGUCAGGUACAAACCUAUCUAGGAUACCCUCUACAGUCACACGGUCAGUGAGGAAGCUUCGUCUCACAGACAACACCAUUUGCACGAUACAGUGUGGAGAGGUAGAUAGUUUCCCGUUACUACAAAUCAUAGAUGUCUCCAACAAUAUGAUCAGUGAUAUCGAAGAAGACGCUCUUGGCAGGCUUGAAUUCCUUUCAGAACUUCUUCUCUCCAGGAAUAAACUUAGCAACAUUCCAAAAAGCUUACCUGGUCAACUAAAAGUGCUUGAUAUACGAUGUAAUUAUAUAAAUAAACUUAGCAGCAUCGACUUUUUAGGUCUUCAAAAACUUCGUGUGUUGUUGCUGUCAAUGAAUAACAUUUCAGUCAUUGAAGAUGGGGCGUUUGGACAAUUAAUCAGUCUAGACGUUUUAGACCUCUCUUACAACCCAAUAAAAACAUUGUACAGAUCAUCUUUUACUGGCCCAAGAGGGUUGAAAGAGCUUUAUUUGGUGUCAUUGACAGAAAUAAUUCCACUCAAAGAGCCUCUAUCAUUUCCGGCUCCCGAAUCGUCUAAUCUAGAAAUCUUAAACUUGGACUUUAGUUCAGAGCUUGCGACACGACUCAUGGAUGACGUUGCUGCCUUGACAAUGUUCCACGAACUCUACGAACUGAGCUUACGAGAUUGUAGGCUUCAGACACUUCGGAAUGAUCUUAUAAGCUAUCUUCCAAGAUUGCAUAAGUUCGAUAUUUCAAACAAUCCCCUGAACUGUACUGAUAUCAUGUGGUUAAUUAAGUGGAUGCAUUCCAGAAACGCCAACCAGGAAACCUUUGGCCCAAAACAUGGUGAUAUUCGUUACGUAAGCUGUAGAGAUGUUCCUAAACAUAGAACAAUUUUACAAGAUAAUGUAAAAUGUGCAUAUCCUCCAGAGCUAGCUGGUAGAACAAUUUUAUCUUUGAAGGAAGAACUUCUGAACUUUGCAACACCCAAACAUUCUACCUCUAGAGAACUUAUAUCCGAGACAAAAUCAACAACAGAAACUACUCAAACUGUUCCAGUAGUAACGAUUAACCCUAUCGUAAAUCGUGAUGUAAUCAUCCCCCCCAAGUUGACAAGAAACUUAACUUCUAGUUUGGAUGGUCAGGUUACAUCCAACCCCACGAAACUCACGGAUGUAAAUAACAAUACGGAGAUUCUAAGCCUGUCUAUGUCUAACAGCACGCAUUUCAAACAGAAAGAUACAAACUCUCAAAAUGCAAUGAAUAAAUUGAAGAAUACAUGGAAAUACUCCAAACUCCAAAAGUAUCCGUCAGGAACUGGACCCUCCCUGGUGCUCCUCAACAGUUCUAAACACAUCGUGAUCGACAAUCAAGUAAACGAUUCUCUGAUCAGUCAAAGAGCGUUCUUAGCCCACGAACCUCCGACGUCACAUCCGGGGAUGAUGGUAUUUCUCGUGGUGGUAGGUGUGAUCAUCAUCGCAUCUUCUACCAUGCUGUACUCUCAUUGGAGGCAACUCCAGAGGUCUUCCCAGUACCAGCACCACCAGGACAUUGAGGUUUCUAGCUUCGGAGGUCACGAGUUAUGGUGACCUUUGCUUACAGAGGGCGUCGAGAGUUUCAGGUGAUUUGGAGAGAAAACCCCAAUGGACUAAGGAACGUAGUUACACUUAUAUAAAGUUACGAAAAAACUGUUAAUCGCCAGUAUUGAACAAAAAAUGUCAUUGCAUACCUGAAAUAUGUUUUUCAGAUCGUACUUUGCCUUUAGUUUGUCGAACUGAUGUACUUAUAUGGUUAACUAAAAUAUAAAUCAUAAGUACAAUCCUGCAACUUUUGCAACAUUAAAACCCUCAAUUAAAACUAAAAUACGAGUAAUUAGAUUCAAAAACAAAGUUAAGAUCAGUAUUUACAUAGUAAAUACAAACAAGAGAAUGAAGUGUUACUGUACGACUAUACAUUCAAUAAAUCAAUAAUCAAUUUAAGAUAUUAUUUACAAGCCAAUGAAUAUUAAAUAGCAGUGAAUACCAUUAAGAUAUAACGAUUACGUUUUAGAAAUGUCAAUAAAUGCAGCACAGUAUUAAAUAAUUUGAAUUCUAACAGUUCAUAACAAUUGAUUGUUAAAAAUGAUAAAGGGUCAAUGAAAAGACAAAAAAACUGACUCCAUCUAAAGUAAAAUGUCGUAUUAUCCCCAGAUAUUAUAACAAAAUAAUGUCUUCCUAUUUUCAAUUUUUUUACCUCAAGAUAAUUCUGGAAAACAACCCUAAUCCAUCGCUUUGAAUGUCGGUAGUUUAGAAUUGAAAAUCAGUCUUCUUUGUUUUUUAGAAUGAAGAUAACAUAUGGUAUGUAAAAUUUUAAUUGUAGGUUUAUAAUCCAUAAAUAUAUUUUUUCAAAUUUGUAUUAAGGUACGGUAGUUUUCCUAAGGUUCAUAACAUAAAUGAAAAGGUUAAAUAGAUGACACAAAAUGCACUUUAGAGAUAGGUUUUGUAUAAUUGUUAUUUAUUUUAUUGAAAAAAGUUAUAAGCAUAGACAAAUAUUUUAUAAUAUAUUUCGUUUGUGUUUAUUUAUUCAUUAGUAUGUGCCAACUUGUUGAACAAACAAAGUAAAUUUAUUUAUGGGUUGCAAUGAUUCACAGUGAAUGCGACUUAACUGAUGAUUCAGAUGCGUUUGGUAAAAAUAAUUUGUAUUUCAUGAUUUUGUGUUGUACUUUUUUUACAAAAAAUACACAUACAUGAGGUUGUAAAAACAUAGUUUUAUGCUGUGAGACUAGAUUAAGAUUUUCUAUUGCCAAAAUAGUUCUGUAUAUAUUCCAGGAUUUGUGAUCGUAAAACAGAU